GAGAGAGCGGGAGGUAAGAGGGGAAAGAGAGAAGAAAACUCUGAAAUUUGGAGGUUGAGGCUGAUAAACCCUCGCUCGCAAUCCCUACUUUUGAAUCAAUUCGCCAUGAUUUGGAGGAGUCUAGCUUCGACCUCAAUGCUGCUUGCCAAAUCCACCUCGCCGGCGAACGGAACAACGGCGGCGAGGGAUUUCCGCCGCGCUUACAGCCUGAUUCCGAUGGUGAUUGAACACACAUCGAGGGGAGAAAGAGCCUACGACAUCUUCUCUCGCCUUCUCAAGGAGCGCAUUAUUUGCAUCAACGGCCCCAUUUCCGACGAUACUUCUCAUGUCGUCGUCGCUCAGCUCCUCUUUCUCGAGUCUGAGAACCCCUCGAAGCCCAUCAAUAUGUACCUCAACUCCCCCGGCGGCGCCGUCACUGCCGGUCUUGCUAUAUAUGAUACCAUGCAGUACAUCAGGUCUCCCAUCAAUACCAUCUGUUUGGGUCAGGCUGCAUCCAUGGCUUCUCUUCUUCUAGCUGCAGGUGCCAAGGGUGAGAGACGAUCGCUUCCUAAUGCAACCAUCAUGAUUCACCAGCCUUCUGGUGGAUACAGUGGGCAAGCGAAGGACAUGACGAUUCACACGAAACAGAUUGUUCGGGUUUGGGAUGCAUUGAAUGAGCUGUACUCCAAGCAUACAUCACAGUCAGUAGAUAUUAUUCAAAAGUAUAUGGAUAGGGACUAUUUUAUGACCCCAGAAGAGGCAAAGGAGUUUGGCAUAAUCGACGAGGUUAUUGAUCAAAGGCCAAUAGCCCUGGUCACUGAUGCAGUUGGUGACGAAGGCAAGGAUAAAGGUUCAAAUUAAGAAUUCGAGGUAGGAUCUUGACGUGAAAGCAUGACAUUUUUCAAGUUCCAUACUGACUUCUGUUAAAUUGAUCUGAAAGUCGAUGUUAUCUUCCUAGAUGUGAUGGAAAUAAUUAUUUUUCCUAGUUAAAAUUUCCUUUGGCUGUUUGGAUCAGCAUUGUUAUUUUGUGUGUUCAGCAAUGAUAUAGGUUUUUCAACAGCUAUUAACAGCACUUCAAAGAGAAAAUCAUGAACUCUAAUAAAAUUUCAAAUUUUGCCUGUA